GUGCAGUUUACAUAAAUGCUUUCAAUUAGGGAGAUCAAGUCGGGUAGAAAUACGUUUGUAUUUAUAAAUGCGAGGGAUUAUCACUAAUAUUUUACCGCAUCGGCAAAGCAACUUUCGCAGCUUCCCUGCAUAAAGCGGACGCUCUCAAAUAACACAGACCCAGCGUUGUCAGUAAAAAAAACUACAACCCCCAUAAUGCUUUGCCUGCAAACCGGGGACAUGCUGCCCUUCCCUGGGAAUUGUAGUCCGUCAUCUGCGCUGCCCCCCGUUCGCUGCGCCAGCCUCGGACUACAGAUCCCAGAAGGCGCCGCGGCGACCGUCGGUUAUAUAUACGACGCAGUGAGGGAGGCUGUCAGGGGGGUGGGGGAGCUCGUCACCCUUAGCAACGCGCGUCCGUCCGACAGAAAAUAAAUAAAUAAAUAAAUAAUAAAAAAAAAAAAGAAAGAAAAAAGGGGUAAAGAUGGCGUCGGCGAAAGCGGCGGGGAGCCACUCUUCUGCCAAACCCGCCGCCGCCGCCGCCGGCGAGUCGCUGACUUGGUGUCUGUCUCAGCUGGGGAAAGCGGCGAGGGCGGAGGCCGGCGGUGGCACCGGCGGAGCGGCGGUUGAAGUUAGCGGAGGCGGCGGGAUCCGAGAUCUGAAGGAGCCGCCGCCGCCGCCGCCGCAUUCGGGCCUGACGCAGGCGCUCGUCGCCAUCCGCACGCGGCACAUCAAAGCCGGCGGCGGGAUCGCGCGGUACCGGGCGCGCGGAGGGCUCCGCCCCUUGCUCGCGCUCAUCGCCACCCAGCGGCAGCGCGCCAGAAAAACGCUCGACCUGAGCCUCAGCAUCCUGGCCAACUGCUGCACGGAGGGGGAGACGCGGGCUGAGGUAGCGUCGCUAUAAUAACGUAUAACAUAUUUAAUAUAAUUUUUUUAAUAUACCGUGAAACCUAUUUUUUU